AGCAUGAGUUCAAAUCACUCCAGUGUAACAGAAAGCCACAACUGCAAAAAUUUAGACGCCCAAGUCUUCAGAUGCUCAUUUUGUGAUCUUACUUUUCAAACUAAUAAACUUUUACAGAGGCAUAAAUUUGUGCACAAAACUAAAACAACAUUUUCCUGCUCAGAAUGUCAAUACAAGUGUCACAGAAAGCAAUAUUUAAACCACCAUCUGUUGACUCAUUCAAAGGAAAAGAACUUUUUAUGCAGUGUUUGUGGUGAGACUUUCACAUUCCAUGAAACACUGAAGAAUCACGUGAUGUCUAAACAUCCUACCGAGAAACCUUUCCUGUGCAACUUUUGCUCAUUUCAAACAAGUGGCGCUCUCACCUUGAAACAACACAUGGUAAAACACAUCAAUCAUUUUAUCUCUUGUAGUUUGUGCCCGUAUUCAUGUAGCAGUGAAGCAGGUUUGAAGAAACAUCAGGAAACUCAUACAGUCGAGACGUCUAAGCUGUGUGAUACAUGCAGUCUCACAUUUCCCACUACCGAAGCUCUCCAGGCUCACAAGCUUUCUCAUGCAACUCAUAACCAACAAAAUUAUAAAUGUCAUCUUUGUCCCUUUGCCAGUCUGACACAAAUGGUGUAUGUGCGACACAUGUCCACUCACAAUGUGUCAAAACCAUUCAUUUGUGAUAUCUGCGAUUACGGCAGUGAUCGAAGGGUGAACCUCAAAAUGCACAUGAAAAGACAACAUAAGUUGACACUGCCCAGCGUUGUAAGCUUCAAGUGCGUCCACUGCAGCUUCGCCUGUGAGAGGAGCCAAGAUUUCACCAAGCACAUGCUAACAGAGCACAACAUAGAAAAGCCAUUCACAUGUCUUUCAUGUCCAUUUUCAACCCACAGACAAAGUUUACUGAAUGUUCAUCUUGAAACUCACAAGCCGCAUGCGUUCACAUGUCAGUUUUGUAACUUUCAAUCCAAGAGGAAAACACUGUUAAACAAACAUUUGAUGACUAAACAUGCUGAAGACAAUUGCCCUGAUGAAUCUGACCCACCUGCAUUAAGUAAAAGACUGUACAUCUGUAAGUUUUGCAACUUUAAGAGUCGUCAUUAUGCUUCUCUCAGGAAUCACUUGCCGAUGCAUUCCAAUAUAAGAUUUUCUUGCUCGCAGUGCUCGUAUGUUACUUACUCGAGGAGGAACCUGGCAUCACACAGUAAAUCCCAUGUGAAAGAAAAACCUUAUAAGUGUCAGUUUUGUCAUUACACCAGUGCGCGAAUUGGUAACUUUAAGAUGCACAUGGUAACCCACGUCAAUGAGAAAAAAUAUUAUUGCAGUAAAUGUUCAUACGUUUGU